AUGCAAGGCAUAGGAAUAGGGUGUUGUUCAAACGACGUCGUGGUACAGGUGGAGCUGAGUCCUACCAUGAGCAAUUCCUCCUCGCUAUCCAUGGACCUGGACGAGUCCACAGAGACCCGAAUCCAACGUCUCAUAUCAGAACACCCUGUCAUCAUCUUCACUCGAUCCUCCUGCUGCAUGUGCCAUGUCAUGAAGAAACUCCUGGCCACCAUCGGAGUCCACCCCACCGUCAUCGAAUUAGAUGACAACGAGAUCACUGCCCUCCCCCUUCCUGACACCACUGCCCCAGCCGCCUUCAUCGGCGGCACCUGCAUCGGAGGUCUUGAAUCUCUAGUCGCCCUCCAUGUCAGCGGUCACCUCAUCCCCAAACUUGUCCAAGUAGGCGCUCUCUGGGUUAUCCUUUUGUUUUUGUUUGGAUCAGAAAUAAUAAUGGCGACCUGGUUUUCAUUGGAGGUGUGGGACCUAACGGACACUGUCAUUCACCAUGGCCGUCCAAGUGAGGCAUGCUAUGAUAGCCUUUUCCAUUUUGGUUGUCCCAUAUGCGGUUAA